AUGAGAAAGAAACAAGAGGUGGAGAAGGAGGAGAGAAUAAGAAGGAAAGAAGAAGAUGAGAAGGAGAAAGAGGAACAGACAAAAGAAAGAGAAGAAGCAGAAGAAUACAAUCAUAAUGAGGCUCUUACUGAACAGCAUGGCACCAUUCUACCAUCAAGAAGUAUGACAAAGGCACACUCCUCAUCAAUAGUUGAGGAAAAACAACAACUGAAUGAACAUUAUUCACCCCCACCAUCUUCUAAUACUGAGGAACCUAAGGAAGAGCCUUCAACUUAUUCAUAUAGUGAACAAACAAUAGUUAAAGUACCUUCCCCUUCUACAGAACUGCCUACAAUAGAAGAACACAACACAAUAGAAGAGCAUCCCUCUCCUAUUGAAGAGCCUAUUCCUCCUGUAGAAGAGCCUGGUCCUUCAGAACUACACGUACCUCCUCCUACCCCAGCCAUCCCUCCUCCUUUACAACACUUCAAAGAUGAACACAAUGUUAAUGAAGAAGCUCAUUGCUCCCAAAGGAACCCACAGAUGCUGGAUCGACUGGUUGAUGUGAUGCUCCCUGGGGCUCUGGGUGCUUGGCUUGUGUCUCAUGAUGUAGAUGUUGGAUUGAUGGGCGUGUCAGUGUCUAUGAUUGCCGUACUCAUCUCUCUUUACUAUAGCUGCUGUAGUGCUAGAAAGAAAGCAAGCAAAGCAAGCAAAAUGUUAAAGUCAGCACAAGAUCACAAGCUCAAUAUGGAGGCUCAUAUUAAGACAUUGAAUGAGGAGAAGGCUCAACUUGAGUCUGAGCUACAGGGAAUUCGGCAUAAGUUACAUGCUCAACAAGAAGAUCUUGAAAAUGAAAAGCAAGGAACAUGGGAUCUUGAAAACAUAAGGAAGAACUUGGAGAUGGAGAAGAGUCUCCUUGAGGAAUCUUAUAAAGCUCUUCAGACUGAGCACCACCAGAACCUCAGUAACCUGACAUCACUCCAGGCAGAGCUCCAUCAACAAUCAGAGCAGCUGAGAGCAUUAAUGGAUGAAAAAAAUAAACUGAUUCAACAAUUGACAGCCACUAAUAAUCAACUCAGUGAUGCUGUACAGAGGAGCCAGGAGUCUGAGGCAGCUAAAGUACAGCUGGAACAAGAUAUCUAUGAUACGCGCCAGGAGCUGAAGCAGCUUCAUCAAGAACAUGAUAAAGUUAGUGAAGAGUAUCAGACGAUGACUAAAGACUACAACAAGGCAAGUACUGAACUGACUGAGGUCAGUGAAGAGCUUGAGCUAGCAAGGGAGUCUUUAAGGGAGAAGGAGACAGAAAUAGGGACACUGCGAGAGUGUGUCCAGCAACUUUCAGGAGACGCCAGUGGAGAGGAUGAGAAAAGUGCUCAGCUCGAGCGAGUUCAGGCUCUUCUUGAUACAACGAGAGCACAGACUGAACUGAAAUCAGUUACGGAUGAGAGAGAUCAACUUAAAGAUGAGAUAGCGUCUCAGGCUUCUCUAAUAGAUCAGGUUCAGUCCGAGAACCAGUCCCUUAAGAAUGAAAUAGCUGAUUUGCAGUCUUCAAAGGAGAGGAUUUUUGAGCAGUACCAGGAAACUCAGUUGAAACUGAAGGCUAUUACUGAGUAUUUUGAGCAGAAAGAGACCCAGCUCCAUCGGAAGAUAGGAGAGGAAGAGCUAGUGAGACAGAGAGUCGAGUCGAGAGAAGCCUACGCUAAAGAGAGAGCUGAUCUGGCAGAACAAGAAAGAGAGAAAGAAAAGGAAGAAUUAAAGGAGUUGAGACAACAGAUGGGAGAUAUUGAGAAGAGUUUAAUGCAGCAAGUUAUAACUAAUGAGAAGAGAGCAGAGGAAGCAUUGUCUCAGUUACGUAGAACAGAACAAGAUUUAAGAAUAGCCAAUAAAGAGAUCACUUCUCUCAAAAAGAUACUGGCAGAUCAUGACGCUAGCAUGAGACGCUCUCCACCUGUUUAUGGCAGACCAUACCCACCACCACCAGACCUAAGACGAUCUCCUCAUGGUGGUGGUCAGCCUCCAAUGAUGCCUCUUAACGGACCUCCAGGACCCCCUCCUCUUGGCGGCCCCCCAGUACCCCCCGGCGGUCCCCCUAGACCCCCUGGACCUCCCGGUGGACCCCCUGGUUCUCUUGGUCCCCCUGGACCUCCUCUCCGCCGUCCAUCCCCUGGUCCUCCACCAGGGCCUCCCCCUUACGGCCCUAGGGGACCACCUCCUCCUCGUAUGUAUUCAGAGGCUCAUCCUGUUCGUCCUCGUACAUCAUCACCUCUUGAGGGAGACGGAGAGGAGGGAUCAUCAAGGCCUCCUCCUCCAGGUAUGGAGUCAAGGGAUUCUUAUCCUCCUCACGUCAGGGGACCACCCCCUCCUCCUAGAGGCGACUAUCCUCCUCCUAAUCGCAUGUACGGUGGUCCAAUGGGUCGACCUCCUUCUCCUUCUCGUCCUCUUAGAUCAGGAGAUGACUCUUUUGAUAGACGGGAUCAUCAUUUGGAUCGUCCUCCGAUCCCAGGCAAUCCCGAUUAUCCUCCUCCUCGAGGCUACCUCCCUCCUCCCCAUCGUAAAUAUCCCCCACCCCCUGAUAGGCGCCGCCCUCCCUCUGAGCCUCAUUUUCCUGAAUUAGCCGCACGUAAUCCCGAGAGAAACCGUCCACCUUCUAAUCCUCCACUUUUGGUGAGUGGGGACUAUCCGAUUGGCCCACCCCCUUCAUCUUCAUUCCGUGCCUCGUCUCAUUAUCCUAAACCACACCCACAAGUACCCACCUCUCAUAGUCUCCCUGCAAAACUGUCUCAGGGCAGCAAACAGGCUGAUCAGGAACAGCUCAAUGCUUCAUCAUCUGCUGGGGGUCAUUCACAGGUUUAGAUUUAAAUUAUCAUCAAUUAUUAUUAUUAUUAUUAUUAUUAUUAUUAUUAUUAUUAUUAUUAUUAUUAUUAUUAUUAUUAUUAUUAUUAUUAUUAUUAGACUCUGGUUAUUUUUAAAUUAUAUUUUGCUCGUACGUUUUAACACACGAGCACAUUAUUUCUCUUAUUAAUGCCCGUCUGUCAUCAAUACAGAUGCAGCAGGCUUAUAAGAACUCUCUAGGCUCUCAUUAUGUUUGGGACUCUCCAAUAAAUUUAUUGUUUUGAAUGAAUCAAUAAUUAUUAUUGAAUUGAUUUACAAAAA